AUGGGUUCCAUGUUCAGUCGCAUUUUCGACCGCCUUUUUGGCAAAAAAGAGAUGAGAAUCCUCAUGGUGGGGUUGGAUGCCGCAGGCAAAACAACAAUCCUCUACAAAUUGAAAUUGGGUGAAAUUGUUACGACCAUCCCAACUAUCGGAUUUAACGUUGAAACGGUGGAGUAUAAAAACGUCAACUUUACUGUGUGGGAUGUUGGCGGUCAGGAUAGGAUCCGUCCCCUAUGGCGCCACUAUUUCCAAAACACACAAGGCCUUAUAUUUGUCGUCGACAGCAACGAUCGCGAAAGAAUUGAUGAGGCUCGUGACGAACUUAAUAGGAUGCUGAGUGAAGAUGAGUUGCGUGAUGCAGUUCUACUGGUGUUCGCAAACAAACAGGAUUUACCAAACGCAAUGCAGGCAUGCGAGGUAACUCAGAGACUCGGUCUGUCCAGUCUUCACGGGCGUCAGUGGUACAUGCAAGCCACAUGCGCCACAGCGGACAUCUUCUGUGACCCGGCUCAAGAGUCUUGGACACUGCCGUUAGGUCUGAAUCCGAGCUGUGUCUGUUACUUCAACACUGUUGUUAUCAUUAUUUGA